GAAACAAAGAGAAAAGGGAGGGAGAGAGGAAAGAGAGAGAAUGCAUGAAAGCAAAAGAGAAAGAGAAAGGUAGAGAGAAUGGAAGAGAGUGUGUGUGAGAGAGAGAACGCAUGAGAGCAAAAGAGAAGAAGAGGGAGGGAGUUUUUCCAGAGCGGGCAGCCUUUUCCCCCCACCCCUUUCCUUCAUUCCCCUCCCACCCCCUCCUCUACCCCCCCACCCCGGCCGGAGAACCCUUCUCUGUUCGCGAGGCGCUCCAAGGCCGGACCGAGAGGAGCCAGCGCUGGGUCGGGGGGCGUCCCCGGUUGCAGGGAGGAGGAGGACGGGGGUGCAGCCAGGCCCGUCGCCCGGGGCGAAGCACACCUGGAUCCCAUCCGGGACGCCCCCCUGCCUCCCCAGCCCCGCAAGAGCGGAGCCUCUGGUCCAGAAUGCCUGAACGGGAUCCCGAGAGGGGAGCCGGGCGCGGCCAGAGGAACGCGGCCGUCCAGUGAUCCCCGGGGAAGGAAGGAAGGAAGGAAGGAAGGCAGUUGGGGUCUGGGGGCGCCCCCUCCAGCGCCCCUUCCGAAGGAGCCAUGGACCCCCAAUCUCUGGAUGCCGCUGUGCAGAACACCUUGUCUGGGCUCUUCCCUCCCUUCGAGGUCACGGCUCCCACGGUGCUGAGCCAGCUCUUCCGGGUCCUGGAGUCCAAGUACCACGGGGAUGGGCUCUGCUGCCUCCUGGACUUCCUCAUCCCUCUGAAGCGCCUCCUGGAGCACAUCCGACAAGCUGCCUGUGCGCCCUACUCUGGCUGUGUCUUCCUGCACGAAGGCUGGCCCUUGUGUCUCCACGAGAAGGUGACCGUCCAUCUCAGCCCCUUGAACCCCCUACUGCUCCGUCCGGGAGACUUUUACCUCCAAGCCGAGCCUUGUGGGGAGCAGUCAGCCUGCCUGGUGGUGAAGUGUCUCUCCAGGGACUUGACCACCGCUGAGAAGAUCUCCAUCCCUGAUGCUUCUUGCUCUUGGCUCUUCACCGAAGCUUGGUUGGAGGACAUCAACCGAGACCUGGAACGGCCAACCCUGCACACCUGCCUGGUGGCCACCGGCAACGGGAUUGUCCCCGUCCUCUGGAAUAAAAUAGCUACCCCGGAGUUUGUCCAGCUCCCCAAAGCAGAACAUCCUAUGGAGAAGGACUCCGUCCACCCGGAGACCCACUGCAGGUUAAAUGCUGAGCCUCCAAGCCACCAGAAUGGUGGAGACCAGGUCUCCAAACCAUCUCAAGCAAAGUAUCCAGGACUCAUCAAGGUGGACCAAGGGUCCUGGAAGAAGCCCGACCUCUUUGUGGUGCCCAGCCUCUGCGACAUCAUCAGCGAGAACCUGGAAGGCGAAUAUGUCAACCUGGUGGAGUUUUCAGAAGAAUCUCCAAAGGCUGAGAUGUCUCCUCCUGAGGUUGCCGCAUUUCCCGCGGCUGAGAAGGUGCUUCUUCGGCCCAACGGGGAAGCCGGAUCUCAGGGGGAGCCCUGGAACUGUGGGAAGGAGCAAGAUUUGGAGGAAGGUCCCUGUACCCCCUGCCUGAGAAGGAAACUGAGUCCGGACUCCAAGAUCCAUGAGCCACGCUGCCGUUACCGAGACUCCUACAUGGCGGCUCUCCAGAAUCCCAUCAGCUUCAACUCGGGGCUGAUGGCGGCCAUAUUGGAGGAAAUGGACUUGACCCAAGCAGCUUCUGAGAACGCGGAGGCCCAGCCGGAUGAAGGGUCAGGCCAGAUGAUCUCUCCAAACCUCUCGGAGCACCCCAACAAGGACAGGAAAACGGAGGAAAGUCCCAAGUCAGAGGUCACAAAACUGACGAAGUCUCCAGCCGAAGGUCCGGCGGUCAGCAAUAAAUUCUCCUUCUUGAAAGGCCACCGUCCCUUGGCUUCUUCUGGGGAGGGCCCCGGGCCCCCCGAAAAAGCUGGCAAGGGGCCCGAAGGACCUCGAAAGAAAACACUGAUGGUUUCCUCUCCCAAAGUGGCCAGAGCAAAGCCGGCAGCUGGAAAGGGUUCCAGUCAGACUGAAGUCGUUGGGGAACUCUCAAGACCCCUGAAUCUGGACGCUGUUCGCCUAACUCCUUCCAGCACUGAUACUCUGAUAAGCGAGUCGCUUGUCCUGGGAUCGAAUCCCUCCACGUCGGUCCCGUGGGAUCUGCUCAACUCCGAGCUUUUGUCUUCAGGGAUUGCCCGUCUGCCAGGCAGCGUGGACAAGCUCGGGAGGCCCGUGGUUGAAAUCCCCCAAAACGGAGGAGGCUGGCAGGACCCUGGGUUUUCCCCCAAAGAGGUGGCACGGCUUCUACUCUGCCUUUGCUCCAUGGCCAGGAAGCGUUCCCACGACCAGGCGGUGGUAGUCCUCAUUGAUGCCAGAAAGGAAGCACCCCCUCCCACCCUCCCCACAGCCCUGGCAUCCCUCCAGAAAACUUUUCCUGGAUCCAUCCAAGUUCUCCUGCUGGUGGCAGAGAAAGAGGCCACCUCUCAGGUGGAGAAGUUCCUCGGCUUACAGGUGGAGACCGUGACUUCUCCGAAAGCUUUGAGCCGCCACGUGGACAAUAGCCAGCUGACCCAGGCCUUUGACGGUCACUUCCCUUACAACCACGGGGAAUGGGUGCAGUUCUUCCAGAAAGUCCAUCAUUUUGUCGGUGGUCUCAGAAAGGCCUCUGAGUUGUUACGGACCACCACCCAGGAGCUGGAGAAGGAAGAGAGUCUGGAGACCUUGCAGGCAGUGGAGCGCCAAGUCAGCAGGCACCAGCAGCUCAUGCAAGAAGUUCUGCGUGAUGCCCAGCUGGUCAGCUUGCAGAGGGAAGGAGGGGCCACCCUGGCCAGGCUGCGGAAGGAGGCGGCCCGACUCGGCUUCACGCCUGACGUCCGGGGCAGUUUUGAGAGCGCCCUGGCCGUCUACAACCUGGUGGAGGAGGACGUUCACACGCUGGUAACCAAAUCCAACAGUUGCUUGGAGCACUUGGAGUUCCUCAAGAAGAUCCGGGAACUUGAGGAACAAUUUCACCAGGUCACUUUGUGGAUUGAUGAAGAAGGAGAGCCAGAGCUGCAUGCGGUGGGAUUGGCAGAAGGCAGCCUGAAGAAGACCGAAGAGUCCUACCGGCGAUUUAAGGACUUUUUCAAAGAAGCCACAGUUCACUACAACCGGGGCCUCUCCUUAUCCAAGGAAGCUGUCAAGAUCCAUGGGUUCAAGUUUCCCGAGAUGGUCGCCUUUGAGGCAGCCAAGGGAGCUUUCCAAGCUAAGCUGACCAUGUUCUACAUGGACAUGGAGAUGAAAGGAGCAGAGCUGGAAUCUUUCCUGGACCUCUACCGAUUCUGUGACCAGGUCACGGCAUUUCACCUGGACUGCAAGGAACAUCUGGCCCAGUGGAAGGCCAGGGAGAAGGAACCCAACACCGUGGACGUCCAGCAGGACACCAAAGAUGCUCUCCGGCGAAUGUCCGAGGACUUUUCAGAGGAGAAAUUCCAGCAGAUGAAGCUCCAAGCUUCCAGCAUGCACAGCGAGAAGGGUCGCUUGAUCUGGAGUGACGCCUUGAAACGAAGCCAAGAAGCCAAGGGAAUUCUGGAGGAUCUUCUGACCAACUUCAAGGAGGUCAAGGGAAUUACUGCAGGAGGCUGUGGGGAAGAGAGAGGCCCUUCAGCUCCUAACUCAUCCUCAUCAAUCCCAGUUGACCUCCUCAAUGGUGGUGAGGUAUUGGAGACCACCAAGAAUCUGGAGCCAUUCUCCAAAGAAACCGUGGACAGAACGGAUGAAGUUGACCCUUCCUCUCAAAAGAGGUCCUUGUGCAUCAGCUCAGACAUGCAUGUAAGAGACAACAAGGAAGCUUCUCCAGGUGCCACCUUGGAAUUUGGUGGGCUUGACCAUCAGCAUCUGGGUGAGGAGCCCUCCAGAAAACCUCAGAGGACCUCCUGGGAUUCUUCUCCGUUGUGUCGUUCUUCCGCCUCUUCUCCCAAAGCAGAGCCAAUGCCAGGAACCGGGGAGACUCUUCCCCCCUCUGGCCACUCCUGUGCCCCUCUGCCAGUGAGAGGUCCACCAUGCCCCCCAAAGCGAGAGAGAGCCCAGUACUUCCAGCUCUCCAGACAUGGGAGUUUUUCUUCAGAAGACGCUGAUUCUCAGAACUCAUCCGAAGAUGCCGUGGACUCCAGUAGCACGUGGUCCAUGGAACUGCAGGGCCUCCGAGGAGGAGGUGGGGCUCAGGAGAAGGGCCUGGGGAUCCUCUACUUGGAGAACCACAGUCCAAGCAGCGGCUCAAGUCCAGUGAAACCAGAGACUUGAGGUGUUGGAGCUCUGGAUUAUUUCUAGGUCUUCUGGCCAACCGACCUGGUGCUGAAAACAUUCCUGGUUGUUUGGUGCUUUUGUAACCCAGCUGGAUUUUCGCCCAAAGCCCGUUUCUGUUUCUUCACUCUUAACAGGGCAAGCCACUAGUCUAUAUAAAGAGAGCAAAUCUCACUCCCAUCUAGCACUCAUGAUGGUACCUUGUCAGGUCAUGAAACGUCUGCAAGGAAACAACCCAGCUCAGAGAGGAUCAAGGAUCCCACAGUCCUCCUGCUCCUUUUCCUCCACCCUCCCUCCCUCCCUCCCUCCCUCCCUCCCUUCCUGUUCUGUCCCCCUCGCCUCAGUCCGGGAGACACAAGUGAUGACUUAAUUAGCCAGCAACUAUCAGCUCUGGCAGCAAAUUAGCGAGCGUCUGCCAAGUGUCUCUGUUAUCUCUCUUGAUGCCGAUGAGUCAGCCAGGAAACCAGGAACAAACAGGACUUCAGCUCUAGUUCUCUCCCUCUAAGCAGUUGAUUUUGCUCGCCACGAAGUGGUAUAGCAGCCCUUGCUCCCUUUAUAUCCUGUGGGGUGUGGCUCCAUGACUCAGCACUUCCUAGGCCUGCCCCUCCCCUGCUUCUGUUGUUCCCGCCUCUCCUGCCUACGAAACCUAGGGUCCAGCCAGGCCUGAUUGCCAUCAGCCGGGUCGGGAGGCGUGGCCUGGGGGGGGGAAGAGUCAGGGGACGGAGGCCUCGUUAUCUCUUCCACCUGGCCUGCCUCUGGCUCCUGGAGCUGAGCCAGGGAAGCUGGUGCUCCCGAGGUAAGUCCUGACAGCCCUUCCCCCUCACUCUCCAAGUCACUUUCUGGCAGGGGGCCCGGCUCGGGGGGUGCAGACACAACACUUCCCCUCUGCAAAUCUAACUCCUUUCUAGCACUGAUGAUGUUCCUUAGUUGGGUCAUGAAACAUCAGCAAAGAAACCAAGCUCAGAGAGCACCAAGGACCCCACAAUCCUCCUCUUUCUUCUCCUUCCUGGCCCAUAGACAUGAUUUAAUGGAUGACUAGUACUACUACUACUACUUCUUCUUCUUCUUCUUCUUCUUCUUCUUCUUCUUCUUCUUCUUCUUCUUCUUCUUCUUCUUCUUCUUCUUCUUCUUCUUCUUCUUCUUCUUCUUCUUCUUCUUCUCCUUCUCCUCCUCCUCCUCCUCCUCCUCCUCCUCCUCCUCCUCCUCCUCCUCCUCCCUUUUCUCCUCCUCCUCCUCCUCCUCCUCCUCUUACACCGAAGCUGGACCACUGUUCAUUCUUGCAGACUAGAGUCCAAAGUUUCUUAAUAUUUAAAAAAAGUUGGUAAUAGUUUUGCUUCUCAUCCAAGAAGCUUCUUCGAUUCUUGAGAGGCGAAACGUCUUCAAGGCAAAACCAAGAAGGCCCAGUUGCCUCUUGAAAAGGCACCUUUGGCACAACCUCGACCUGGAUGACGGAGAAUCUCCAUAGACAUUGUCCAGAGUGGCUUAAACUAAAAUCCUGAUGGCACCUGUGCUAGAAUUUGGAGGAAAAAUUCACAGCUCUGAAACUCCCCAGGUGUCUUAAGGUCACAUUCGGACUGGCCUACCUCACAGGGAUGAAGCGUAGAAACAAGUGUGAGAAUCUUACCAAUUCAGUAACCUUUGCACUCCUUGGAGAAAGGCAGAAUGAAAUGCAAAGGGGUUUUUCUGGGGGGAGGGGGGAGAUGUGGAAAUCGCUAUGAGAAAAGAACAUGUGUUUAUAAUCUCAUUCUUUUUAUAUUGUUUCUUUUUCAACCAAAAAAGAAAGAAAAACAUUCCUACUUGGUUCACAAAUGUGUUUGUCCAGCAGUUGCUCCUCUUGUGUUUGGCAGGCUCUCUAGUCUGUGCUCUGCGUUCUUAAGCAUUGUGGUUGUGCCUCUGGCUUGCAAUGCUCCGUUCUCAGGCCAGGAAGUGACUUCUUAGGACUGAAGAUAGAAUAAUAGGGUUGGAAGGGAACCCUAGAGGUCUUCUAGUCCAACCCCUCCUGAGCCAGGAAACUCUAUAUCAGGGGCCCUCAAUGUGGAACCCUCCCCACGGGUCCGCAAAGCUAGAAAGUUUGGGGAACUUCGCUAUAUACAAUUCCAGACAAAUGGUUGUCCAGUCUUUUCCCAGAAGCCUUUAGUGAUGGAGCACCUAACAAGUGGAAAAACAAUGCUUAGAACAUAGCGUGAACUUUCUUUCCUUCCUUCCUUCCUUCCUUGAGCCAGUGGUUAGAGUGCAGUAUAAUAUAAUAAUAUAACAUCAGAGUUGGAAGGGACCUUGGAGGCCUUCUAGUCCAACCCCCUGCCCAGGCAGGAAACCCUACACCAUCUCAGUCAGAUGGUUAUCCAACAUUUUCUUAAAAAUUUCCAGUAUUGGAGCAUUCACAACUUCUGCAGGCAAGUCGUUCCACUGAUUAAUUGUUCUAACUGUCAGGAAAUUUCUCCUUAGUUCUAAGUUGCUUCUUUCCUUGAAGUACUGCAGCUACUUCUGCUGACUGCCAGCUGUUUGCAGUUUGGCAGUUCGAAUCUCACCAGGCUCAAGGUUGACUCAGCCUUGUAUCUUUACGAGGUCAGUAAAAUGAGGACCCAGAUUGUUGGGGGCCAUAGGCUGACUCUGUAAACUGCUUAGAGAGCUGUAAAGCACUGUAAAGUGGUAUAUAAGUCUAAAUCCUAUUCCUUCCUUCCUUCCAUCCAUCCAUCCCUUCCUUCCAUUGGCUUUUUUGGCUGCUGCAGCACACGGCUGGCUGAUAUUUAAGUAAUUGUCCACUGGGACUCCAAGAUCCCCCUCAUGUGCUGGCAUUAGCCAAGUUUGACCUUGUCUGUACCUGUAUAGUUAGUUUUUCUUGCCUAAGUGUAGGACUUUAACAUAACAUAACAACAGAGUUGGAAGGGACCUUGGAGGCCUUCUAGUCCAACCCCCUGCCUAGGCAGGAACCCUACACCAUCUCAGUCAGAUGGUUAUCCAACAUUUUCUUAAAAAUUUCCAGUGUUGGAGCAUUCACAACUUCUGCAGGCAAGUCGUUCCACUUAUUAAUUGUUCUAACUGUCAGGAAAUUUCUCCUUAGUUCUAAGUUGCUUCUUUCUUUGAUCAGUUUCCACCCAUCGCUUCUUGUUCUACCCUCAGGUGCUUUGGAGAAUAGCUUGACUCCCUCUUCUUUGUGGCAGCGCCUAAGAUAUUGGAACACAGCUAUCAUGUCUCCCCUAGUCCUUCUUUUCAUUAAACUAGACAUACCCAGUUCCUGCAACCGUUCUUCAUAUGUUUUAGCCUCCAGUCCCCUAAUCAUCUUUGUUGUUCUUCUCUGCACUCUUUCUAGAGUCUCAGCAUCUUUUUUACAUCGUGGCGACCAAAACUGGAUGCAAUAUUCCAAGUGUGGCCUUACCGAGGCAUUAUAAAGUGGCACUAACACUUCACGUGAUCUUGAUUUUAUCCCUCUGUUUACUUUUCUUUUACUUUACUUUACUUUUCUCUACACUGAAUUUCAUUUUGUUGGAUAGGGCCCAGUGUCCAAGUCUGUCAAGAUCCAUCUGGAUCUCGAGCCUAUCUUCUGGGGGGGUUGACUAGAGAAUUCUAGAAGUUGAAGUCCACCUCUCUUAAAGUUGCCAAGGUUGAAAAACAUUGAAGUGUAUGACAAAGUCGAUCGGAACUGAUCAAGGAGAGAUUCAACCUAGUAAUAAGGAGGAAAUUUCUGACCGUGAGAAAACCAAUAGUACAGAAGUUGCCUUCAGAAGUUGUGGGAGCUUCAUCACGGUUAGCUUUCAAGAAAAGACUGGGCUGCCAUCUUACACACCUAGACCACACCUAGAACUCUGCCUCCAGUUUUGGUCACCACACUCUAAAAAAGAUGUUGAGGCUUCAGAAAGAGUGCAGAGAAGAGCAACCAGGAUGAUGAGGGGACUGGAGGCUAAAACAUAGCGAUGAACGGUUGCAGGAACCAGGCCUGGCUAGUCUAGGGAAGAGAAGGACCAGGGGAGACAGGAGAGCAGUCUUCCAAUAUUUGAGGGGUUGCCAAAGAG